AUGGCCACCCCGCGCAUCAUAAAACCCGCCAUCGCCCUAUCAGAGGCAGAGGAGCGCGACGCUUAUCCUCACCCUGGCCGCCGACUCAGCAAGUACGAGGCGCUGUACCGGGAAAAACCAUUGCCCAAGGUACCAGAGACCUUCAGGAGGCCGUCAACACCCACGGCAGGCCGUAAAGGAUCCUUGCCGCUUUCAUAUCAGACCAACCUCCAGCAGUACUCCCAACCCCAAACGCUGCCACAAGCCUCAGCAGCUUCGCUCGUCACAUUGCCGUUGCAGGACCAGUGGGCAGUGCCCGGCCACCUAAAAACCUCCAGAAGCUUGCACAUCUCUGAAGUGGCCUCAUCUCAGUCGAUGGCAGCAGCCAACAGAAAAUCGAGUUUCUCCCGCGGUGCAUCAGGGCCAAGGUCAUCCAGAAAGAUCAACAGCUUGAUUGGACAUGACCUCGAUCUUCCCUCAGUCGAUCCAUCUAAUCCUCACGACAGAACCAGCUUCAGCUCGGCCGCGGGUUACUCCGAAGGUGCGUCAAGCUCGGUGUCCGACUCUGACGACUACCAAGACGGGCAGAGCACCUCGGAUGCAGAAGGGGGCUUGCUGCCGCUGCUUCUAGAGAUGGACGAGGACGGUUUAUGUAGACGAUCGAUCUUGUGGGUGCCUCGAACGCCGUGUGCCAUGAGGUCGCCGCCCCCGCUCAGGAUUCCAAAGCACGGAAAGUCGGACAAUAACGGCUCUGUGUCCCUCUCCAACGAUGGUCACAGCCCGACCCUUGGACUGAGUGGCGGCUUUGACUUGACCGAGUUGCCUGUGCGACUGACGCCGGGCCACGGGCAGUUUACCGAUAAACGUGCUGCCAACGACUACCAUCGUUUCGCGGCAGAGCUCGCGGCUCCGUGUCAGAUAGAGAGGGCGUCCCAUCCGGCGGCCGUUCCCUCCGCUCGGCAGCAAUCUCCGGGACCACGCAGCAAGAAGGCCAAGGUUGGAGGGAAGUUUCGUGGCACGGCGGCCUUUAUCCGCCUAUGGGACAAUCCCCGGCCAAAAGAAGCCAGGCCCCCGACGCCGCCACCAAUGCUGCCUCCACUCCCAUCUCCUUCUUCCUCUUUCUCCCUGAUCGAGCCAGCACGAUCAACGUCUCCCACUGCCUCUUUCGAGGAGGAGACUGUCAGGAUGAUCUGCCUGCCGCGGCUUUCGGCUGUCGGUGUUGAACCGCCGUCGUCGCCGCACCAGUACCGUCUCUUCCCGCGGCAGAACACCACACCGGCACCGCAGAUGCAGUUGCCGCUUCGGCGGCCGCCUCGGUCGCCUCAUUCCAUCAGUGCUUUUGAGUGCGACAGCGACGACUGCCAAGACGAUUUGGGCCGGGAUGGGGGGCGGCGGUGGUGGAGUCGUAGCGACGAGGAGGGCCGCGGCUCCGUUUCCUCGGAGGUGCCAUCCGUAUACCGACGGCGGCAGGAGGAGGAAAAGGAACGACCGCCCGGAUCGUCCUCCUCGUCGGGCGGGGGCGUCAAGGGCUUGUUUGCUAACGCCCGUGAUCGAUCAUGGCGAUCGCACCCGGAUCGUCGCAGAGUGAACCUGCGUAAGUCGAUCAAGGUGCUGAAUGCAUCAGAGCUGGACGAGGGGAGUACAAAGGAGGGGGCCACGGAGGAGGGGGGUGCGCAAACGGAGGCACCCAAAUCUACUAAUAAGUCAAAGAGACUGAAUUUGCGUCAGGUGCGCAACCUCGAGUCAUACUUUGAUGGACCUGGGGUGUUUCUGUGA